UUUUCUCGUGCAUUUCUUUAUCGUUCAAUACUUCGUCAAAAACCAUGAAUUUUAUUUAUACCAUUGUUUGCGCUUUUCUUCUUUUAAUUUUUUAAUUGGUUAGAUAAAGUGUGUUUUUUAAGAAUCCUCUCCAUAUGUUCUAAUGUUAACGCCUCUGUCCGUAAAAGUUACUGCCUUACCGCAAACCCUCUACUCUACAUCUCCAUCUCUGCCGUAUCUUUUUUGCAAAAUAUACAUUGACCAUUUCUUUGCAUUCACUUAUGGACAUAUUUAGGCGGUUCUGGAGUAAAACCUUUAGACAGACUAACCUAUCCUAACUACACUAGGUUGUAGGUCAAAACUGGUUUUUGAGUUGGUAUUUCAAACUUUGAGCACCUGUGAAACAAACAAAAGGUUAGUUUUGACCAUUUUUUGUUGAGAACCCACUUAGGAAGUUAAAAUUCAUUAUUUCUCUCUGUUUUAAAUAUCAAUCAAAACUUUAUUUAAAAUGACUGUAAACAACGAUACCUCGAGUAAAAUAACUAUCAAAGUGAGACUAAGUGAUGAGGAUUACCAGGAUAUUACAAUUGAUUGGUCAGAUGAAAGCUGUGAACAUAAACAGCAAAUACUCAUCCGAAAGAUCGCAUCUUUUAUUGGAUUACCAAUACAAUAUAUUAGGGUCGUCGACAUUUACCCGACAACGAAUCAUAUUUCGCUUUCCAAUACAGAAAGUCAUUUCCACACUCUUUACGUUACCAUUCCACCUCCACGAGUGAAUGAAACAUUUUGGCAAAGGAUUAAUGAUGGCGAUUGUUUUUAUCUGCGCUCAUCUUUGUUUUUAUUAGAUCACGAACAUCCGCUCGAUUUGUAUGUUGAUCUUUUCUCAGCAGAACGUGAAGACAUUCAUCCAACCGAAUGCUCUGAAUUCUAUUGUCAAAUCAAAAACAGCAGAUCUUGGUUGGAUAAAAAGAAAGAAAUAAUUUUAAAUUCGGAAAUAUUCCCAAAAGUCAGAGCUAUAACAUCUGAGGUUAGAUGGACAAAUGUCUGGUUCAACACUUUAGUUGAUUGCAAUAUUUUGCAGUAUUUUGGUGCAUGUUGUCAUCGUUAUCUUACAAAUACAACGAAACAUAGGCGUCUUUAUUUUCCGCAUCGCGGUUAAUAACAUCAGAAAAAUCAUUACCAUCUAACAUUGACAAUAUCAAUGAUUGCCAUUGGAAUCAUUUCUAAAUUUGAUCAAUUUAUUAGUCGACAGUUGUGGCUGACAUUGUCUUAAUAUUUGUAUACAAAUAAAGAGUUUCAAUAAAAAUAUUGAGCUUAUUUAAAUCGACA